CGUGCCACUGCCAACUAACGAGCUCGUUACGAGCUGCGCUUUUCAACGGGGAAAAGUGACUUUUCUCCGUAUCAUCAGAUCUUCGUUAAAUUUUGCACGCUAAGUACGUCAUUCAGUGAAGCGUAAUUUUUAUUUACAAUUGUGUGCAGUGUCAAAUUUUUUAUCCAUCUUGUAAAACUAGUUUCCCUUCUGGUGCUAGUGCCCCAGAGUCAUCUUAAAGUAGCCGUAAGCUCGUCAAAUAAAAAUUCACGAAUAUGUUUAUUUGGGAUUGGUUCACUGGAGUCUUGGGUUAUCUUGGAUUAUGGAAGAAAAGUGGCAAACUUUUGUUUCUUGGCCUGGAUAAUGCAGGCAAAACAACACUACUUCACAUGCUCAAAGACGACCGAUUAGCUCAACAUGUACCUACAUUGCACCCAACCUCGGAAGAGCUGUCGAUCGGCAAUAUGAGGUUCACAACAUUUGACCUCGGUGGUCACACUCAAGCUCGUAGAGUUUGGAAAGAUUAUUUCCCAGCUGUAGACGCAAUUGUUUUUCUUGUCGACGCUAGCGAUAGGAAACGAUUGACAGAAUCGAGAAAUGAAUUGGAUGCGCUAAUGACUGAUGAACAGCUUAGUAUUUGUCCGUUGCUAGUUUUGGGUAACAAGAUUGACAAACCCGGUGCAGCAUCCGAAGACGAACUUAGAACUUUCUUUAAUCUUUAUGGGCAAACGACUGGAAAAGGCAAGGUUGCACGUAACGAUAUUCCUGGUCGUCCUUUAGAACUUUUCAUGUGCUCCGUUCUCAAAAGGCAAGGAUACGGUGAAGGUUUUCGCUGGUUAGCGCAGUACAUCGACUGAACAAAAAGAAAUGAAAAAAAAAACCUAAUAACAGUUGAAACACUCCAUUUUUUCCAGUAAUUUAUUACUUUCCCACUAUUUGAGCUCUUAAUUCCUUCGGCAUUUAGCAGUGCUAAUGCCACGUGGACAUUUUUUUGCUUAACAAAACAAAGCAAAAUAUUACAUCUCAAAAGGCAAAAAAAAAAAAUAAAUAAGUAGGGAAAGUACAAUCUUACGACAGAAUUAUAACCGAAUGACGGCUUUGUGACCAUUUGAAUUAGUGAAUUUAUGACCUAUUUAAAUUUAACUAUUAAUUAUCCGGUUGAACUAUGCGUACGUAAAAAUAUUAACGUCGCAUAGAAAUACCACCUAGAAUUGUUUUCCUUUUUGUUUUUUCUUAAUGUUUAUUUAACAAAUUUCUCAACGUUUCAGAGCUCGUCUAAUUAAAAAAAAAGUGCUGUGAAUGUUGACGAUAUUUAAAGAAAACGAAACGAACAUUUUGAUAAAUAAAAUACUAUUAAAAAAAAAAAGAAGUCCAACAUCCUUGGCGAUUUUUUGGUUUCUUUUUUCUCUCAUAUAAAUGUUAAUCGCGAUUUAACUGCCGUUUUUUCAAAAACAACUUUCUACUUUUGUCAGGAUUUGAUUAUAAGUCCCUUUUUAGUUAAUAUCUGUUUUGCUCGAGUUUUUUUUUCAAAUUCAUUUAUGCGGUGAAUGACGUUUUCAUUAUUGUACAGAAAUAGUUUUGCUGAUGUUUGAUUUAGGUUUCUAAAAAAAAAAAAACAACAACAACAAACGAGUUCGAUGCACAUACAGAAUUGUAAAUACCAAACGUAAUUUCUUGAUUCAUUUUACGAAAAAUGCAAUCUUAAAAAAAAAAAACGCCUUUCUUUAAACUGGAAUCAAGUCAAAUCUAUGUUAAUUUUUAUUUAUUUUGUUGUAACGUCUUUUUCGUAAGGUGUGCCAGAGAUAAGCGAAUGAGUCAAGAAUGUUUGUUAUAAAUAAUUGGUUUUUAAUAAAAAAAAAAAAAAAUGUUCAGAAUUUUAUAAAAUUUGCUUUUUAUCAACAGUA